CCACUGUGCAAUUUGGUCUAAAGCUUUCAUACUCUCUGUGCGUUACUUUGUGCCGCUUGUUGACAUUGCCAGUUUAUGCAAAUUUGCGGCAAUUAAUCGCAGCCAGCAACAGAAAGAGUCAAGUGCAAAACAAACGAAACCAAUCCAAACCGAUUCUGCAACGCGCCUCGUACAAAACUAAAACAGUAACAACAAAACCAACAAAACCAGCAAAAGCCACAAAAACAAAACAAAACAAAACGAAAUAUGGCCUGGGGCUAUUGGUCCGCCACAACAGUGGAUCGUGGACGUUCGCCGCGCCGACUGACGCAGUGCACCCCGUUGCCCGUAAAUCUCGUACAGCAGGAGGAGGAGGAGGAGCAGCCACCGCCCUGUCUGCCACAACAACAACAGCAGCAGCAUCAGCAACAACAACAACAACAGCAGCAGCAGCAGCAACAGUCGCAGCAGUCACAGACCUGCCCCAACACACCCUCAGCCAAUCAACAAGGCGGCGGCACACUCUGCUACAGUCCGACAUGCCGUUCACGCUGCUCCAGCCCGUGUCCGGGCUCACCAUGCGGCUCCAUAACGCCGCCGCCUCCGCCGUUGCUCACGUCCUCGCAACAGCAUCUUCAUCAGCACUCGAACAAGAAUUGCCCGGCCGCACAGCAGUUGCUCACGCAUCUGGACUAUGCGGCCCGGAGGCAAUCGCUGGAUCAGCUGGACAGUCCGCAGGCCAAUCAGCUGUCGGACAUCAUGUGCCGCGGCGCAGUGGUCAGUUCCAUACAAUCGGCGAACAAUACGCUGACCAGAGGCGUCUCGUUGCACAGUCGGAGUGGCAGCGCCCAUGGCAGUCAUCAUAGUCACAGUCAUCAUGGCAGCGCUCACGGCUCACUAGGCUGUCUGCAGGGAGGCGUGGGAGUUGGAGUUGGAGUCGGUGUCGGUGUCGGAGUGGGCACAGGCAGCACUGGAAGCAUUGGAAUGAUGUCCGCGAGUCAUAUAGAUACGGGUGAUUACGAUGUGCCGCAUCCGCAUCCGUAUACGCAUCAUUAUAUGCAGACAACAGCCUCAGUGACGCCACCGCAUGCGACGCUAAGCAGGCCAGGAUCGGCGGGUGCCGUCUGCACCGGUCAUGAUUCUGGCUCGGAUUCGAGUCAGGGCUGCGGUGGUUCCAUAAUGGGUGGCAUGCUGGUAAUGGGCCAUGCUGGCCAUAUGGGUAGUCUGGGCCAUCACAGCACCGGCAGCGGUUCCCUGGGCCGUUGCUCCAGCCGCUGUCACAACACAACCACCACCGAUGACUCGGGCGGUGGCAGUAGCGGUGGUGGAGGUGGUGGUGUCGGUGUUGGCAUUGGUCUUGGUAUUGGCGGUGCCACGGUUGCUGUUGGCGGCCCUGGCAUGCUCAUGGACUAUCAUCAUGGCCAUCACAGUGGCAGCGCUGGCAGCGGCCUCAAUGGCUGUGGAGGCGGCGGUAGCAUCGCUGGUGGCAGCAUUGGCGGACGCAGCAGCGUCCUGGGCACCAUUCACAAUGGCCACGGUCAUCAUCAUCAGCAAUACCAUCACGAAUGCAUACACUAUGAACGCUUGCCCAUUCCCGUGCCCAUUCCCACAGUGCCCAUGGGCGUAACGCAACAACAACAACAGCAACAGCAACAACAUCAGAUGCCCUCACAGCAUCAGCUACAGUCGGAGGAGGAGAUUGAGCCGGCCUACGCAACAGUAUUUCCGAAUGUUCCUCAAGCACCGGGCCUGUCCUGUGAUGGCGAAGAUCGAAGCAUCUACAGAAGGGGAGCGCGUCGUUGGCGAAAAUUAUAUCGCGUCAAUGGACACAUUUUCCAGGCCAAGCGUUUCAAUCGCCGUGCCUUCUGUGCCUAUUGCCAGGAUCGCAUCUGGGGCCUGGGUCGUCAGGGUUUCAAGUGCAUACAGUGCAAGCUGCUGGUGCACAAAAAGUGUCAUAAGCUGGUGCAAAAGCACUGCACGGAUCAGCCAGAGCCGUUGGUCAAGGAGCGUGCCGAGGAGGCCAGUGACCCGAUGCCGGUGCCAUUGCCACCGCUGCCAUAUGAGGCGGUUGGUGGCGCCACCGAAUCGUAUGACACACACGAGGAUGCGCAUAUUGUGGCACCGCCACCGCCCGAAGAUUCCCUGGAGCCGGCCACACAACGCCAGUAUUCACUGAACGACUUUGAGCUGAUACGUGUCAUUGGACGCGGCAGUUACGCCAAGGUGCUAAUGGUGGAACUACGGCGUACCCGUCGUAUUUAUGCGAUGAAAGUGAUCAAAAAGGCGCUGGUCACCGACGACGAGGACAUUGACUGGGUGCAGACCGAGAAGCAUGUCUUUGAGACGGCCUCGAAUCAUCCAUUCCUGGUGGGUUUGCACUCCUGCUUCCAGACGCCCUCGCGCCUCUUCUUCGUCAUUGAGUUUGUGCGCGGUGGCGACUUGAUGUACCACAUGCAGCGGCAACGUCGCCUGCCCGAGGAACAUGCACGCUUCUAUGCCGCCGAGAUCAGCUUGGCGUUGAAUUUCCUGCACGAGAAGGGCAUCAUUUAUCGGGAUCUGAAGCUCGAUAACGUGCUGCUGGAUCAUGAGGGUCACAUAAAGCUAACCGACUAUGGCAUGUGCAAGGAGGGCAUUCGUCCGGGUGACACCACCUCCACAUUCUGCGGUACUCCCAACUAUAUUGCACCCGAAAUACUGCGAGGUGAAGACUAUGGCUUCUCGGUGGACUGGUGGGCAUUGGGUGUGCUUCUUUAUGAGAUGCUAGCUGGACGUAGUCCUUUCGACAUUGCCGGCGCUUCUGAAAAUCCCGAUCAGAAUACUGAAGAUUAUCUGUUCCAAGUGAUUCUGGAGAAGACUAUACGCAUACCGCGUUCAUUGAGCGUUAAGGCUGCAUCCGUAUUGAAAGGUUUCCUCAACAAAAAUCCCGCUGAUCGCUUGGGUUGCCAUCGCGAAUCUGCCUUCAUGGAUAUUGUCAAUCAUCCGUUCUUCAAGGUCAUCGACUGGGAAAUGCUCGAACGCAAACAGGUUUCGCCACCAUUCAAGCCACGUUUAGACUCAGAUCGCGAUCUGGCUAAUUUCCCGAUCGAGUUUACCGGCGAACCGGUGCAACUGACACCAGAUGAUGACCAUGUCAUUGACAACAUCGAUCAAUCGGAGUUCGAGGGCUUUGAGUAUGUGAAUCCCUUGCUUAUGUCUCUAGAGGAUUGCGUCUGACACCACGAGACGUGUGAUUUGCAUCCGUAUAAUAUUCGUCUCUAUGGUGAAGAUUCCAGUGAUUAUGAUUCCGUGGCUGAUGACUUGAGCCUCCUGCAUUUAAACAGCGCGGGAGGUGUAGCCAAUACCAAUAAUAAUAUAAGCCAGCAGCAACAUUAUCGCCAACAGCAGCAACACCAGCUGCAACAGGCCCAGCAAUAUCAUCCAUACCCACAGCAACAACAACAACAACAACAGCAGCAGCAACAUCAUCAUAAUGGUAACAAUAACAAUCAUAAUAAUCAAAUGCAAGCAAAUAAUAAUAAAAGUCUACUGCAGCACAUGUUUUGCCUUCCAUUGAACUAAUUAAAAUAACGAAUUAGAUACAGAUAACAGCAACAAGAGCAACUGCUAGCAGACAGCAACAACAACUAGCAAAAGCAACAAAAACAAAACAAAAAAUACUAACUAAAACAAUUAACUACAAUUAUAAUCUUCUAUAUAAAACAAAUGUCACACAACAAAAGAAAAAAACUAACAAAAAAAGUUAAGAAAAAAGAUAAAUGAACUACUUUCAUACCAAAAAACUGUCACAAGUUGCGAGUAUUACACUAAACUACAAACGAUUACUUUACUAUUUGAGCACCUAGGCAACUAGGCAACUCUAUGCAUGCAAAAACAUCAGCAACAACAAGCAAAAACAAUUUCAAAACUCUAUGCAAGACUUUUCAGCAAGUACGUUAAUACAAAAGUAUAUAAAAGCAAAAA